AAUUCCGUUUUAGAUUUAUUAUUUGCAAGAUAUCAAGAUAUCUGUAGAUAAAUUUCUUAUCAUGUCUCUCAUUAUUAAACUCUUUACAUUCCUCGUGCUUUUCAAGUUGAUGGAGUUUAGUUCUAACGAGGAGGGUGAAUGUGAAAACACAAUAAAGGAGAUGGAAGAGUUUUGUAAACCAUGCGUAGCAGAAUAUGCAUGUAGUCAUAUGGACGAGAUGAAGAAUGAUAUAAGAAAUGACUUAGAAAAACAGCGUAACAAGAGUAAAGAUAUUAGGUUGGAAGACGUAAAGUCUUCGGUUGCAAAAAAUGUGAUAAAGAAAGUUAACACUUACAAGAAUGAGGAAUGUGAGAAACGUCAGAAUGAGAAAUUAAAAAAGAACAUUGAAAAUGGUGUGUGCAAAAGUUUUACGAAAUGUUUGACUAAAAGUAAAGUGCAGCGAGGCAGCGUUUUAAACCUUAUAGCAAAUAAUACCGUUCUUCCACACGAGGACGAAACCAUUGCAGAUGCUGUUGAAAGAAAUUUG